GGGAGAGACGGAGAGAGAAUGAGAGUGGCGGAGGCCGGAGAGACGGUGCUUGUUGGUCUUCCACCUUUUAAUGCAGAGCAUCCUCAGACUAUAUUUGAUAAUAUUCUUAAUCGUAAGAUACCUUGGCCUGCAGUUCCUGAAGAAAUGAGUCCUGAAGCUCAAGAUCUUAUUGAUCGAUUAUUGACUGAAGAUCCUAACCAAAGACUUGGAGCUAGAGGUGCAUCAGAGGUGAAAGAACAUGUUUUCUUUAAGGAUAUAAAUUGGGACACACUUGCUAGAUAGAAGGAUAACAAUGAAGAUUAAGUUGACUAUUAUUGUGGUUUAUUGGCUAAGAUAGAGUGCUAUUUAGAAUCUUUACAUGUAUGGUUGACUAAUGAUUUUUAUUAGAAG